AUGUUUGAAGAGACCGAAAGAUCAAACAAUUCCUGUUUGGUACACGGGAGAGAAGGUGAAGGCUUUGUCCAAUGUGUGCUUACUGACACUUUAUGCCAGACGUACGAUGCACUUACUUUGUCCACAGAAGCUUCUAUAGAAAUUAUUGGAACUCUCAAGAUCGUACCAGAAGGAAAAACUGCUCCAGGUGGACAUGAAUUGAAUGUUGAUUAUUGGAAACUGAUAGGAGCUGCACCUCCCGGAGGUGCAGAUUCCAUUUUAAACGAGGAAGCCCUUCCCGAUGUGCAGCUGGAUAACAGGCACAUAAUGAUUCGUGGUGAAAAUACGUCUCGCAUAUUAAUGAUGAGAUCUGUAUUAACGGAGGCAUUCAGAAGCCAUUACAAGGAUAGAGGGUACUACGAAGUAACACCACCAACGUUAGUACAAACACAAGUAGAAGGUGGAUCAACAUUAUUUAAGUUAGAUUAUUUUGGAGAAGAAGCGUACUUGACACAGAGCUCGCAACUGUAUCUGGAGACUUGCAUUCCAGCAAUGGGCGAUGUAUAUUGUAUUGUACAGUCCUAUAGGGCAGAACAAUCAAGGACCAGAAGGCAUCUUGCAGAAUACAUGCACAUAGAAGGGGAAUGUCCGUUUAUUACGUUCGACGAGUUGCUGGAUCGGUUAGAAGACUUGAUAUGCGACGUCGUCGAUCGUGUUCUCAAGUCGCCGCUCGGUCACCUCGUCUACGAAUUGAAUCCCAACUUCCAAGUACCCAAGAGGCCAUUUAAGAGGAUGGAUUACAGCGAAGCUAUCGAAUAUCUUCGGGCCAACAACAUCACUAAAGAGGAUGGAACAUUUUAUGAAUUCGGAGAAGACAUUCCAGAGAUGCCCGAAAGGAAAAUGACUGACGCGAUAAACGAGCCGAUAAUGCUAUGCAGGUUCCCUGCGGAAAUUAAAUCGUUUUAUAUGCAACGUUGCCCUGAAGACAGACGUCUUACGGAGUCGGUAGAUGUACUUUUACCGAACGUAGGCGAAAUUGUUGGCGGUUCUAUGCGUAUUUGGGAUCACGACGAACUAUUACAGGGUUACGCAAAUGCGAACAUUGAUCCGAAGCCGUACUACUGGUACACGGAUCAGCGGAAGUACGGAAGUUGUCCACACGGUGGAUACGGAUUGGGCCUGGAAAGAUUUCUCUGUUGGCUGUUGAACAGAUACCACAUACGUGAAGUGUGUCUUUAUCCACGAUUUUUGGAACGCUGUCGGCCUUAGGCUGUACACUUCUAGCACUUACAUGUCGAGGUAUAUUAAUGUUAUUAACUACUCUGAAAAUGUAAUUUAUAUAAGAUGGAAAAUGUAAAGCUACGUGAAAUACAUGAAUGCAUUUAAAGAAUGAUUCAUUCAAGACCAUA